AUGAGGUGUAAGAAUCACAGUACCGAUCUCAGCAGCAUCACCGGCGUAUGCGCUACGUGCCUCCGUGAACGCCUAUUCACAAUAAUCCUUACUCAAGAACAAUCUCAACCUCAGCCGAUAGAUCUGAACCGUUGUAAUUCGAAUUCAAAGAAUCCGACGGUCAAUCGUUCGGUUUCUCCGUAUAUCAGCCACCGAAAAUCCGUCAACAAUCCAGUUGCAGUUACUCAACGGCCGUACAUCAAACCUCGCCUCAGUCACAGCGUAUCGGAUAGAAGAGUCUACAGUUCACCGCAGAUAGCGGUUACUACCGGCGGUUGUAUCGGUAGUAGUUCAUCAAACUCGAAGAAACCGAAUUUUGUUAGGUUUCCGUCUAUUUCAAAUCUGUUCAGGUCUAGCAGUCGUAACGGAGAUCGUAACGAAAAUUGUAACCGUAAUGGAGAUGCCGAUUUGAGACCUAGGGUUUCGGUUUCGAGUUGUAACGGACUGAGCGGUAGUGGCGGUAGGCCGUCGUCGGUGACGCCGUCGACGUCGUGGUGGCGUGGUCGUCAGUCGUCUGUAACUGCCUCUAACGGCGGAGUACGGAAGCAACGGUUUGUUUCGGAUCGAGGAAUGUCACCGGUGCGAACCGAUGAUGACGUCAGCGACGGUUCGAGCGCGAACGAGUCGACGGAGUCGUGUAAACAGACGCCGGUGAAGACUCAGGUCCGGCGCGGCGGCGGACAGAAGAGGGUGACGGAAUUGAUUUUUUGUCCGUUAGUGAGUGCGAGUCCGCACCGGAUGUUGAACGUGAAAGGAAAGCCGCCGGUGGAUUGUGGAUAUUCCGGCGAUGUAAGAGCUCCGGUUGUGCCUCAUAUCUCACAUGCUAAAUCGUUUUCCGGCAAUAGGUCACGGAAGCUUGUUGAUUUUGGGAGGGGUGAUCUGAACCGUUGA